UAUUUCAUGAUUUUGCUUCUUCCCGACCGGUACCACCAUCUUGUUUGUUUCAUCAAUAAAGAGAGUGUAAGACUUAAGAGACGAUUAAAGUUUUUAGAAGUGUUUUUUAUUUGUGUCUUGUAUACAGUAAAUUAUAAUACAAACUUUGAAUAUGUCUCACGGUGGUAGAAAUGAAUGUAGAAUUUAUGUAGGCAAUUUACCUCCCGAUAUUAGAACGAAAGACAUUCAAGAUCUUUUUUAUAAGUUCGGUAAAGUUAUUUUUGUUGAUUUAAAAAAUCGUAGAGGACCACCUUUUGCUUUCGUCGAAUUUGAUGAUCCAAGAGAUGCUGAGGAUGCAGUACAUGCAAGAGAUGGAUAUGAUUAUGAUGGUUAUAGACUACGUGUAGAAUUUCCAAGAGGUGGAGGUCCUAGUAAUAAUUUUCGUGGUGGUCGUGGAGCAGGAGAUAGUGGAAGAGGUGGUCGAGGUGAAAUGAGUAAUUCUCGAGGACGUGGACCACCUGCAAGAAGAUCUCAAUAUAGAGUUCUUGUUACGGGUCUGCCUCCUUCUGGUAGUUGGCAAGAUUUAAAGGAUCAUAUGCGUGAAGCUGGUGAUGUUUGCUUUGCUGAUGUUUUUAAAGAUGGUACUGGAGUUGUAGAAUUCUUACGAUAUGAAGAUAUGAAGUAUGCUGUAAAGAAAUUAGAUGAUUCAAGAUUUAGGUCUCAUGAGGGUGAAGUUGCAUAUAUUCGAGUGAAAGAAGAUCAUAACAGUGGCGAUAGGGGACGCAGUGAAGAUAGGGAAAGAGGUCGAAGUCAUUCACGAAGCUAUAGUCCACGGCGUCGUGGUUCACCUACCUAUUCACCAUUGCGACGUAAUUACUCGCGAUCAAGAUCUCGUUCCAGAUCUCGUUCAUACGACUAGUGUAGAGGAGCACGUUGAAUUUCGGCCUCAUCGAUUCGAUAACACGGUCUAUCUACGAAACGUAAGUAACAUAUAUAUGAUUUUAAGCUUUUUUUUUUGCAUCUUCCGUUGCACGCACAUCACGAAAAACAUAAUAAACUUAAAUAAUAGAAUUUUUACAAAAUGUAAGAUCACAGAUACUAACGAGAUAUAACAAUUAUCAAUAGAUUAUAUAAUACUUAUCAUAAACUUUGAUGUGUCAUAUGAGGAAUAAUGCAUAGUUCUGAAUAUAAAUUUGAGAUUACAUUUAGAAUUACAUUGUGAGAUAUUUUUAGAGUGAAAGAACAGAUGAGUCUAAUUAUAGCUGUCAAUUAUUCGAAAAGAGGAUAAUGCUUUGAUAAUCGUCUUAAGUUAUUAAAUUCUUCCAGUUAUUAUGCCGAGAGAUAUAAAUAAGUAAUGAAAAAUAUAAAUAAAAUUUAUCUUUUAAUAUUUUAAUUCAAAGUUUUAUAUAUUUAAAAUUCUAAAUUUUCAAAUUUUGAAACUUUCAUUUUUGAAUUUUUGAAAUUUUCCAUUUUUCUUUUUUAAUUUCCAAUUUUUGAAAUUAAAUUAUUGUUCACAGAAAUAUAAAAGAUCUAAAAGAUCUUAAAUCGAACAAUCUCAAACUUACAAUCAGUUAUGUUGAAAUUUAUAAUGAAAUCAUAAAUUAACGCUUUAUACAAUUAUUUUACACGAUAGAUGCUUAGAGAUGCGACAUUUCAUUAUCUCGUACAUUCAUGAUACAUGAUUUUUCUAUUCGCUACGGUAUUUUUAAUUAAUCAAAAGAUUUAUCGAAGUAGGUCAUCUUUAAUUUCACUCAAUUUGAAAAAAAAAAGAACAAAAAAGAGGAAACAAAUCGAUGCUCGUAUUCGAUAUUACAAAUAUAUAUUAAAUACUUUACAUUAUUCGAGUCCAUACUAAAAUAUAAUAUGCAAUUGUAAUGUGUUAUCUUAGUAUAACCGACUCAUUUUUUUCUUAUCUCUUGAUUGAUUCUUAUUCCAUUUUAUCAUGAGGUAAAAUAUGCAAAUAUGCAGUCAGCUUUGCAGUCAGAUUCGAAGUCUGUUAUUUUAAAGAAUUGUUUAUUUUGCUUAUUAUAUUUAUCACUUUUUUAUAUAUUUUUUAUUUCAAUUCCUGGGAUUGAAUAUCUUAUUGAUUCAGAAACAAAAUUAAAUAUUUUUUCCUUGAUAUCUUUCCUUGAUUCUAUUUUACAGAUUUUUUUCAAGGAUUAAAUAUUUGAAUUAUUAUUAUUAUGAAAAAUAUUAUAAUCAUCAAUAUUAUUUAUAAAUUGAAUAUUUCUUUGAACUUUUUUAAAAAUAUUUAUUAAAUGUUAACUUUGUAAUGAUAAAAUAAUUUUAAUUCCUUAAUUAGAAAAUUAGCAAUAUUAAUUAAAUCAAUAAAUUUGAAUUUUAAGAAUUUUUUAUUUCUUUAACUAUUAAUUUCAAACAACAAGAAAUCAUUAUUAUUUUUCAAUUGAAUUUUCAUUAUCCCAUAAUUGAAUUUCAAAUUUAAAUUUUCUAAUAUUCAAAUUCCAAAAAUUCAAGGAUCUUCAGAUUUCAGAAUCAACGUAUAAACAUCAGAAUCUUUAUAAAUUUUUUUGUUUUCUGCAAUCCUUUAUUAUUGAUUAAAAGAAACGAUAUUAAUAAUUCGUUAUAUUAAACUUUUGAAUAAAAUUAAUGAAAAUAAUUCAGAAUAAAAUAUCUUUAUCUUUCUGAACAGAUUAAAUUGGACAAAGUUCUUACAACGAUAUAAUUGCACGAAAAUGAAUAAUGAUUUAUGUAUAUAGAGGGAGAAAUGUUUAUUGUAUCGAUCCUAUCCGAGAUUAUAUUAUAAUUACUCUGGACUAUUUCAUGCGGCCAUAUGAAAUUAAAUAGCUUAAUCUUCAUAUUUUUCCAUUUUCAUUUUCCAUCAAAUUAGAUAAUCACAGUUACAGUCUGUUUCGAUGUAUUUUAUACAAAAAUUGUUCCACCGAUUAUACGAAUAAUUUUCCUUUUUUUUAUUUUUUUUAUUUUUUUAUUUUCUUUAAGUAUCUCGUUUAUUGUAUCUCAUAAUUGCUUUACGUGCUAUUCAUAGAAAACACCGUCAAAACAGACCUUGAUAUCUACGUUGGUCUUCUUCGAGAUAUCGAAGAAUAUUUUUUUAACGACGGUAUAGUAGAUUUAUUUUCGUGAACGAUUAAUACAUUUUUUUUAACUGGUUGCUGGAAGAAAUUUAACGAAAUUAUCAACUAUAAUAAAUAUAAAUUUCUUAUGUUACAAUUUUUAUAUUACAAUAAUUUUUCCUACUGACGAUUAAAAUAAUUAUAUACAUAAAUUGCAAGAAUUCAAAAUCUUGUACUUGAUUCUUCUUUUUUUAAUAUUUAUUUGGAAAUUAUUUUUAAUAAAAUAUUGAAAUAAGUAGAAUAUUUGUUAUCUCUUUAAGAAAAUAAAUAAAAAACUUGAAUAUAUUUUUCAUUAUGUAUUUUAUUUAAGUUAAAAAAAACUUAUAUUUUUUUUGAUAUUCAUAUUUUGUUUUAAAAAUCUAUUACUAUACUAUUAUGACAAUAUAAAUUUUUAUAAUUCACAAAAAUAUAUGACUGCUUUAAAUAUUCAUUAUAUAUAAAAUUAAUUAUGAAUAUAAAGAAUAAAUAUAAUUCAAAAUCUAUUAUUAAUAAAUACAAUAUAUAAUUAUAAUAAUAUAAUUAAAAUAUAAUAUAAUAUAAUAAUAUAAUAUUUAUUAUUCUAUUCUAUAAUGAUAAUGAAAAAAUAAACUAGAAAAUUCAUAUGUUAAAAACUUUUAUAAUCACAAUGUAUUUAUGUAUAUAUUUGAAAAAUUUUUUUUAUAUUUCAUGUGAUUUUAAAUAAUUUUUACAAUAUACAUUCUAUCAAGAAAAUCAAAUUGUUGAUGUUGAUCAAGAAAUAUUUUUGUAUUUUUUAAUUAAAUUUGAACUUCCUAUUCUUUCAUAAAUUUGACAAAUUUCUUUCUUUAAUGUCUUGGCAAAGUAAAUAUUUUUUUAUUUUUUUAUUUUUUAAUAUAUUCAUUUUUUUUUUCUAUCUCGUUGUAUUUCUUCCAGCAACUAUACAAACUUUAUUACUUCAUGUUUCUACACGUGCACACGACGGAUAUAUCAAAGAAUGUAAUUGUUAGGAAACUGUUUUUUUUUCUUUUUAAUAUCUUUACGAUCCAUAAAAAGAUCGUUUAAUUCAUUCGGUACGAUUCUCUAUUUGUUUGUUUAAAUACCACUCGAAUCCUUAUUUGCGAAUGUACAAUUGCCACUGUUAUCUUAUUACGUUGUCGGUAUUACUAUUAUUAUUACUAUUACUAUUAUUAUUAUUAUUAUUAUUAUUAUUAUUAUUAUCAUCAUUUGCUUUUGAAUUCUUUAUCGAUGAUAUAUUUUCAAUGUCUCUCGAUUGAACUUUUGUUGAAAAAAUGCUUCGUAAUUCGUUUUCAUCAUUGUUUAAUACACCCAACCCCCGCUUUGCAAAUAAUUACCACGAUUAUGUUGUUAAUUAGCCAAUUUUUUUGCUAAUGUUUUUGUUUUUAAUUUAUACAUUUUUUUCAUUGAUUUACAAAAUAUUUAAUAUUGAUUACCAUUCCACCAAUGAAUAAAUCUAAACUUAUUAAUAAAAUUAUUAGUAAUAAAUUAUAACUGGUUAAAUUAUAUUUUUAUAAUAUAAUAUAAUAUAUUUAAUUUAUAAAUAAAAUAAUAUAUUUAUAUUUUUAGAAAUAAUUAUAGUUCUCUAUAAUAUAUAUUCUUUCUAAUGUAAAAUUUCCUUUACAUAAAAUAUAAGAAUUUUUUAAUUUAAUUUUUCAAUGAAAAUAAUUU